UUGGUUAUCGUUGAGUCUCCUUCAAAAGCCAAGAUCAUUCAAAGUUUCCUCGACUCCCUCUACGUCGUUGAGUCGUGCAUGGGUCAUGUUCGCGAUCUCCCCCAGAGUGCCAAGUCUGUUCCUCCUGAAUUGAAAGCUCGCUUCGGGAAGGUGGUUGGUGUGGAUCCUGACAACCACUUCGAGCCCCUCUACGUCACUCUUCCUGGCAAAGAGUCAGUGAUCAAAAAGCUGGAGGGGAUCCAGCGCAAAGCAAAGGAAGUCAUCCUUGCGACCGAUGAAGACAGAGAAGGGGAAGCAAUCAGUUGGCAUCUGCUCGAGCUGCUGAAGCCUAAAGUGCCGGUGAAGCGAGCUGUCUUCCACGAGAUCACCAAGGAUGCCAUCACUCGCUCGUUCCAGUCGUUGCGAUCCAUCGAUCUCAACCUUGUCCAUGCACAGGAGACGCGGCGAAUUCUGGAUCGUCUUGCCGGGUUCACCAUGUCGCCGCUGUUGUGGAAGAAGAUAGCUCGCGGGCUUUCUGCUGGGCGAGUACAGAGUGUGGGGAUGGCGAUCAUAGUGCGACGAGAGCUGGAGAGACUAUCGUUUGUUCCUGCUGCUUACUUCGACUUGCGAGCAAACCUCUCAGCGGUAGAAGGCAGCGAUGCCAGGCACUUCAGCGCCAUGGUAGUUGAGGUGGAAGGGAAGGGGAAAGUAGCAACAGGAAGGGACUUCGACGCGAAAGGGCAGCUCCACGAGAGCUCAGGGAGAGGAAAAUUGAUCCACCUUGACAAGGAGUCUGCAAACAGCCUCAUGGAAGGACUGAAGCAGCAGGGAGCUAGCUGGAAGGUGAAGAAAGUCGAAAAGCGGGCACAGCGGCGCAAGCCUCCUCCUCCUUUCAUCACCUCUACUCUGCAGCAGGAGGCCAACAGAAAGUUGUCGCUUAGCAGCAAGGAGUGCAUGAGGACGGCGCAGAGGCUGUACGAGUCAGGCCUGAUCACCUACAUGAGGACAGACAACCCCAUCCUCUCCGACUCUGCUCUUACCAUCGCCAUCAAGCGUGCCGCUGAGCUCUUCGGACCCGAUGCUGUGCAGCCUGCAGAUGCUGCUCGAAAGAACAUCAAGAAACCCAAAGGGAGUCAAGAGGCGCACGAACCGAUCCGACCGGAAAGGAGGCGAGGAGAUCAAACGGCUGCUGGUCUGCGACUGACAACAGCUCAGGCGGAGCUCUACGAGCUGAUCUUCCAAAGGACAUUAGCAUCUGUCAUGUGCGACGCUGAACUUGACUUGACAUCCCCGGCUGAUCGCUCGCGAGACUCUGCCAUCUUCCGAGCAUCAGGACGAGUGAUCCGUAAGCAUGGGUGGAUGCUUGCAUACCUCGACUCGUCCGAUGAGCAACAAGUCGACAGUCAACGACUCCCCUCGCUCCUCACCAACCAGGAGCUGCUCUGCUCUGAGUUGAAGGUGGACGAGCAUUCGACGAAGCCUCCUGCACGGUACACAGAGGCGUCGCUAGUGAAGGAGCUGGAAGAGCUAGGGGUCGGCCGGCCCUCUACCUAUACUCAGAUCAUAGAGACGCUUAAGGAUCGGGAGUAUGUCACCAUGGAUGGCAAGGCCUUGUCCCCCACCCUCAUCGCGUUCGUCGUGACGCGUCUUCUUGAAACCUACUUCCAAGACUUCGUCGAUACCUCCUUCACCGCCCGGAUGGAGGAGGAGCUAGAUCGGAUAGCACGAGGAGAGAUGAAGAAAGAAGAGUAUCUCAGUCGUUACUAUCUCGGUGAUGACGGGCUGCGGAACAAGGUGGAGAUCUCGGAGUCGAGGAUCAUUCCCGAAGAAGCUCGACAGGUCAAGCUCCCGACGCUCGAGUUCCAAGUGCUUGUCGGGUCCUAUGGCGCUUACGUGCAGGCGAGAAGGAAAGAGGAAGGGAAAGAAGACAGCGAAGGAGGCGAGGGCAAGGAGGAGACUCAGCACAACCUCGUGAAGGCCAAUAUCCCGCAGACCUUCUGUAAGGAUGUGAACCAACUGACGCCCGAGAGGAUCCGCAAGUGCCUGGAGACGAAGCAGCCGAUCCUUCUCCGUGUCGGGCCUUAUGGUCUCUACCUGCAGAAGGGAGAGGGAGAGGCGGAGGGCAAGACUGCCAAGAAGGUUGCGUUGCCGCAGGACAUGGAUCCUCAAGGCAUCUCUCUUGAAACGGCCAAAGCUUACCUCAACCUUCCCCGAGUCAUCUGCGAUCAUCCGGAGACAGGCUCGGCUAUUCAAGUUGGCAUCGGGAGAUACGGGACGUUUCUCCUCUACCAGGGGAGCUAUCGCUCCCUCCCAGCGACAGACGACAUCUUCACCCUCGACUGCUCUCGGGCCGUCGAGAUCAUCAACUCUGCUGCUGUAUCCCCACGUUCGACCCGUGUGAUCGCUGAGCUUGGCGAGUACGAGCGGCGGCGAGUGGCUGUCGUUCAGGGGAGAUUCGGCCCAUACAUCAAGUGCGGGCUGGUCAACGCCAAACUGCCCGAACAUCACAAGGACUCACCUGGUUUCAACUGCCUGCCUCACCCUCCGCAUCUGACGCAUGAGAAAGAGGACUGCACCUUGGAGGAGGCGAUUGAGUCGAUCAAGCUAAAGAGCCCGCAGAAGGGAAAGUCAACCCCCAAGAAGAAGGUCUUCACCCCUCCCCCUCCCCCCGCUUGUCUCCUUCCUCGAAACCGUUGA